AUGCUUCUUGCAAAAGAUCUCUUUCAUCCCUCUCCAGAAGAGGAGAAUAGGAAACACAAGAAGAAAUGCCUGGUGCAGAGCCCCAGUUCCUACUUCAGGGAUGUGAAAUGCCCAGGAUGCUAUAAAAUCACCACGGUCUUUAGCUAUGCACAAACGGUAGUUUUGUGUGUUGGGUGCUCCACUGUCCUCCACUUGCCUACAGGAGGAAAAGCAAGAUUUACAGAGGAUGUUCCUUCAGGAUGA